CUAGCUUCCUCUGCUCUCCCUGAAAACCAGAAACAGUUUUAUCUGUUGAAAUGAGAGAAAUGCAUUUCUUCGUACCGGCUUCUUCGUCUUCAUCGUCCUCUCCGGCGAACCCUUCUUCGUUCUCGCUCUUAUUCCUUUCUCCGUCUCAGAAUCCCGAUAAUCUCUAUAAAUUCCAGUCGAAGAUCCACAUCCGAACCCAUGGAAACUCGGGUCAGUCCCUUCUCUCCCAUUCUCCAUGCUCGUCCAAGUACUCCUCUCCGGUCGUAGAGAGGUCUCCGUCAGGUGUGUCACCGAACGAUGACGUUCGUCCGGAGGGAGUUCUCGUGGUUCGCCGACCUGUUCUGGAGAAUUCCGGAGAGGAGCCAGUCGAGGAUGAGAAGACUACUUCGCCGGCUAGGAUAGAUUCAAGUCUGAGCGAGAUGGCGAGGAAGAUGCCGGUGUUUGAGCCGAAGAGAUCGGAGUCAUCGUCGGAGGCAGCGGGUACCAGGGUUCAGGAGAAGCCGCUUCUGGUGAACCUGGAUUUGGCGUUGUAUAGAGCUAAGGUUCUAACGAGGAAUUACAAAUACAAAGAAGCGGAGAAGAUUCUGGAGAAGUGCAUAUCCAUCUGGCCGGAGGAUGGAAGACCGUACGUGGCGUUGGGGAAGAUACUGAGCAAACAGUCAAGGAUGGCUGAUGCGAGAACCGUGUAUGAGACCGGAUGUCAAGCCACCCAAGGAGAAAAUCCCUUCAUUUGGCAGUGCUGGGCUGUGUUGGAAAACAAACUGGGUAACGUAAGAAGAGCCAGAGAGUUGUUUGAUGCAGCCACUGUGGCCGACAAGAAGCAUGUAGCAGCCUGGCAUGGUUGGGCAAACCUGGAGAUAAAACAAGGGAAUAUCAAGAAAGCAAGGCAUCUACUCACCAAAGGCCUCAAGUUUUGCGGCCGAAACGAGUAUAUCUACCAGACUCUUGCCUUGUUGGAGGCCAGAGCUAAUCGGUACGAGCAAGCAAGGUACUUGUUCAAGCAGGCCACCAACUGCAAUCCAAAGAGUUGUGCCAGUUGGUUGGCGUGGGCACAGCUGGAAGUUCAACAGGAAAAUUAUACAUCUGCUAGAAGGCUUUUCGAGAAAGCUGUUCAGGCAAGCCCCAAGAAUAGGUUUACAUGGCAUGUAUGGGGGGUGUUUGAAGCUGGAGUAGGCAACGUUGACCGUGGAAGGAAGCUUCUGAAGAUUGGUCACUCGUUAAAUCCGAGAGACCCUGUUCUUCUUCAGUCCCUUGCCUUGUUGGAAUACAAACACUCGACUGCUAAUAGAGCACGGGCUUUAUUCAGACGAGCAUCAGAAAUUGAUCCACGGCAUCAACCUGUCUGGAUUGCUUGGGGUUGGAUGGAAUGGAAGGAAGGAAACAUGUCAGCGGCUAGAGAACUAUACCAAAGAGCUCUCUCCAUUGACACGGCCACAGAAAGCGCUGCCCGUUGUCUACAGGCAUGGGGAGUUUUAGAGCAGAGAGCUGGGAACCUCUCAGCAGCAAGGAGAUUGUUUAGAUCCUCACUGAACAUUAACUCCCAAAGCUACGUUACAUGGAUGACCUGGGCUCAGCUUGAGGAGGAUCAAGGUAACUCCGUUCGCGCCGAGGAAAUCCGCAACCUUUAUUUCCAACAGCGAACAGAGAUUGUGGACGACGCGUCGUGGGUAAGUGGAUUCUUAGACAUAUUAGACCCGGCCCUCGACAGCAUCAAACGUCUCUUGAACUUUGGCCAGAAUGGCGGCAACUCCUACCGCCAAUCUGAUACUCUCAGAAACGUAGAGAUCCAAUCCGACGAGCAGACAGGCCGUGAAAACACGGAUACUGGAAGUGGUUUCGAUCUUGAUUCGUUUAUUCGUGGGAAACUCUCGCUUGAUCCAUUGAAGCUGGAGGUUGAUAUGGAUUUUUCUCCAGGGAGAAGGCCACCUCCAAGGUGGGUGAAACGUACGAGUACCACCUGAUAAAGUUGAGGGUCAUUGUGUUACCAAAUUCAGAGUUGAGGGUCAUUGUGUAUUUUUUAGAAAAUAUCCAUCGUAAAUUUGUAAUAUUGUAUAAUUAACAAAUCACAAGUGCUUGUACCAAACUACAGAAGAAGAAAAAAAACAAUCAGUAAGUGCGAAUACUAUUGAAAACGAGGGUUGUUGUGUAA